AUGGCCACCUCUCCAACCCCGUCCGCAGCCUCGCCCCCACCUCCCGUCGUCCCGCCCGCGCCCAUCACCGCGAGCAUCCACGCCUCGACCGCCCGCCUGAGGCAGAACCGCGCCCUGCCCGACAACCUGGUGCUGCUACGCCGCCAGGAAAAGCAACUACACGACGACUUGCAGGACCUGCUCUACCAGCAGGAUGAGGCCCUGCGCACUGCCACAAACACCGCCGCCGCCCCGGGCACGGACGGCGAAGCUGAUCUCAGCGGCAGCGUCACCCCCACCGUGCGAAGCUUGGCCGAGAGCAGGAGGCUGUCGGCCGACCCGGGCAGACAGCCGCAGCAGCGCCCCUCCAAUAUUGGCGUGCGCGCCGUGAGGAAGUCGAUCCGCUCCGCCAUACGUCAGCUGGCGGCCAUCAAGACCGAGGAGGGCCGGCUGCUCGACCACAACCGCGCGGGCAACGACGCCGUCGUGCGCAAGCUGGCCGGCUGGGCGGAACAGAAGCAAGGGUUGGAGGCGCACAUCCGUGCCAUCGAGCAGGGCGACGAGGGCGCCCAGACCGCGGCGCUGAGGGAUGAGGCGCACGUCUUGGAGGGCGAGAUACGCGAGCUGGAGGACAAGCUGCGCGCCUUGAAGGCCCGCCACCGCAGGCUGCUGUCGGACGUUUCCGAGAUCGAGAACUCGGUGCAGUCCAAGCUGUCGUCAUAUAAGGCCUCCCUGUCCAUCUUGGAGAACGACAUCAGUGCGUUCCUGCGGACUUCCGCGGCGCGUGAUCGCCAAGCCAGUGAGGCGCCUUUCUUCAAGAUCCCGCCGAAACGCCGCACCUUGGACCUGGCAAGGGAGCACUGGGACCAGGAACAGGAAAAUGUAGAGAAGCUGCGCAAGGAAACGGAAACGGAACGCGAUGCUUUGGAGCAGGGGGCUGUCAUGUGGAAUGACGUCGUGCAUAGAAUCUCGAAUUUUGAGAAGCAUAUCACAGAAGCGACCAGGCAUCAGAGCAGCGAUGAGGACCCAACAGCCGAGGCCAAGGAUCUUGUCGCCCACCUGGACGAGACGAUAAGCUACGUCGAGUCACAAUUGGACCUCGCAGAGGAGAGGGGGUGGAAGCUGCUGGUAGCCUGCAUCGGCGCCGAGCUCAGCGCGCUGCACGAGGGGCGCCGCAUGUUGGAGGCCAUGCUGCAAGCGGCAGGAGAAAUUUCGCCAACGCUCGAACGCGAGAAGCUCCUCGGCGACGUCGAGAUCGAGUUCCAGCCCAGCAGCUUAGCUAACAGCCAGAAGACCCUGCAGCAGAACGGCGGCGACUCGGGCGGGGUAACGGGCUCGAAACAAACCCCGGCCCUUCGGCAGCCCCGUCCCGACUAUCACGGUACCGACGAGGACGAACCGGACCCAGAGCUGCUCAUAUCGCAUCAGGAUACGGAUGAUGAGCAUCUUGGAUGA